AUGUCUUCCCCCAGUACUUUCACCACCAUCACCUCCCCUGCUGCACCGACAUUUGAUGCCUCAACGCAACACUAUCACAGCAAUCCCAGCCACUCCGACAAAAUGGCCAUCAUUGGUUUGACCAUCGGUAUGGCAGUUCUGUUUCUCCUCUUCAUUGGUCCGUGCUGUUGUUUGCAGUGGCUGGCUCAUCGGCAGCAGAAGAAAGAGCAGAGAAGAGAGGUUCAGGAGCGUGCUAGAAGAGCGGCGAGACUCAAUGUGGUGGGUGGUAGGUCAAAUAAGAGAGAGAUUUUGGUUCUUAGUUUGUUGUUUGGGAAUGGUUUCCUCAUCUUGCCAACCGCAGCAAUGACAAACACCAUCCACCGCCGCAUGAGCGACAGCAGCGUCGUCAUCGCCAUCGCCGUCAGCUGCACCGCCAUCGCCGUCAUCUUCCUCGCAGCAGCUCUUUUCUGCAACUGGCGCUCUCGCCCCAAAUCUCCUUCUGGAACUCAUGGCCGUGAGCAUGACGAUUCUGAUGUGAACUCUGAAAUUGAACUUGAUGCCAUGCCUGAUGGUGCUUUGAACCAUCCUCUUGUGCGUGGGAGCAAUGGUGCAGGACAUGUUUAUCCGGUUUUUGAAUCGACUCGUGAGCGUCAUGCUCAUGCUCAGAACUGA